AUGGCUUUCAUGUUAACUAGUCUGCGUGGAGCAGUAGGUUUUCGUAGCUUUGUGGGUCAGUGCUACGUCAACCGCUCUGGUGGCAUCGGAGCGCUCUACAAAUCGCAACAGGAUCUUAUCCUUCCCCGUCGCUUAAUCAGCGCUUCACGCAGCCGUGCAGGUGCUGUGAACCCGGUAAGUGGCCACAAUGCUGCACCUGCCGGGCGCUCCCCCGAGACGGAGUCGUCCGCUACCCAGGUGAAGACUGAGGAUGCUGAUGCAAACUAUAAAAAGGGGAAAUACCCAGGACCCGGUGCGCCCAGGCCUGUGGGACAGCCAGACGACCUCCCCUGCAUUGAAUUCGGCAAGCCGACUGGAAUGUACAAUUUCGUGCGCCACCAGCACGGAGACCCCCGCGGUCACCUUCAGUCGGACGGACGCUUCCGUCCCACCCACGCGACGGACAGCUUCCACUGGUAUGAUGCGUACACUGACGUGCCGAAGCAGCGUUUUACAAUAGUGAAUGGCGAGACCAUGAUUAUGGGCAAGGAGACGCGGCCCAUGGAGGAGUUGUUCGGAGUGCCGCAGACCAACAUUCCGUUCCACCCGCGCCGUCGAAUGAACCUUUGGGGCAACCACAAGAUCGUGUUGGGUGCCGAGUUCUGUUUCUUCUGGAUUCCGACGUUUAUCAUUCUGGGUCUGGCCGUGCCGUGCUACACCAUGAUAUACAUGAUGGACGAGGCGGUGGCGACGUCUAUGACGGUAAAAGUGGUCGGCCACCAGUGGUAUUGGGUUUACGAGGUGGAAUCCCCGCCUUUGGUGGAGUAA